AGCAUAGCCAUUUUGUCAGGCUUGCCAACGUGCGUGGCUUUUGGCAGGCGGCGCCCUGCUUUCUCUCUCUUCUCCUCCUGCGGCCCCCCCAUGGUCGUCGCCGAGCGGCUCGGCACUGUCGCAGGACACGUUCGCGCUGGGCGGGCGGUUGCGUUGUCGGUCGAGGCGCAGCCUGGCGAUGGUUUUAAGUUCAAGAUUGUGGUCCAGGCUGCCCCUGGUAUCAUUGGCCCCUCGGCCCAUGGCCACAUCUUGCAACGGCUGCGCGCCGUCCAGGAGCUUGCCAAUAACGUGAUCACGGUCGACCGCGGGCACGUGUUCAGCAAUGGCAUCUGUGAGGUCUUGCGAUGGCUUCGCCCCCGGCCUGGUGGCGUUGGUGACGCCGCUCCUCGGCCUGAUGACGUUGGCGACGGCGAAGAUGAUGACCGCGGCGGCAGCCCUAGACGGCGACGGCACCGACAUGGCGAGCCUGAUGAUCGCGACCCAUGGCGGGAGGAUGGCUCUGACCCGUGGAGCGUCGGCGGCCUUCCUCGCGGCGGUGGCGGGAGUCUUUUCCGCAAGUUUCCUCGACGCCAUGCUGAUCAAUCUGGUGGCCCUGCUCCUGCCGACCUUCCAGUGGCGCCGCCUUUCCCAUUCAACUCUGAGGCUCCCGCUUUUUAUCCUGCUCAGGCUGGUGGCGCGGUUCCUCUUGCUGGAGCUUGCUCUGCUGGCCUUCCUGAUGCCCACGUUCGUUUUGAUAGCGCUACGAUCCUCCUCUGCGAGCGGGCCGGCGAAGAAGCUGUGCAUGCAGAAGCUGCUCAUGCAGAAGCUGUUCACGCAGAAGCUGUUCGCGCCGAAGCAGAAAGCUGUUCAUGCAGAGGCUGCUCAUGCAGAAGCCGUUCAUGCAGAAGCUGUUCAGGAUGCAGGCGUACCUCCUGUGUCUCUUCUUGUGCUCCUCCAAAUCAUGCUCGACAGGCGCCUGGAGGAGUUUGUGGAGUCUAUUGGCGUGUACCGUGGUGACCCGCGAGUGCCGCGCCCUCCUGGUGGCGGUGCUGCCCCUGCGCGUUCUUCGGAUGACGUUCCGCCUCGCGGGCCUGCCCGCGACGGUCCUGAUGGCCCUGCAGGUGCGGCUGCUUCCAUUCCGACAAAUGCCGUGGCUCUCCCAGGUGGUGGCCCGGAUAUUCCAGCCUCUUCGCUCACGCCGCGUGGGCAUAGACGAGCUUCGGCCUCUGAACUGGCUCGGCUUCAACACUUUCGGAGGGAAGUAAUUGGUAUUUGUCAUGAGGAGGCAGCAUUUUAUCGUACUCUUCCCCGCUCUGAGAACGGCUCUGGGCCUCCGUCGCGUGCUCGUCCUUUACCAAGAGAUAUGCUCUAUUGGGAUCUACGGCUUCAUGUCGGGGGAGUGGCUUCGGUGGUCUGGCCCUGAUUAGGGUCGGCACGGCCAGGUGGGUGCCUUGCGCGGGCGCCCCUGGUGAUGCUACAUACCCCAUAGUGCGGGACACAGGGGAGGGUGACUUGGUGGUUUGGCCCUUUUUUGGGUCGGCGCGGCCAGGUGGGCGCCCCGUGCGGGCGCCUCUGGUGACGCCCCAAAACCUGGCGGCUCAAGAGGACGAAGCUCGCUGCAAGCCCUGGGGGUGACAAGGC